AGGCCAUCCAAAAAUGCUGGGAAAAGGACAAAGUGGUGGAUACGCCCCUGAGACAACAGCUGAACUCUUGCAGAGGUAGGAGGAAAUGAUUUUGAAAGUAGUUACAAUGUAGGCUCUAACCGCACACUCACAUGGCUGUAUGAUCAAUCAAUUUGUUAUUAGGAUUUAGGUUAUUGCAUGCAUGAUUGCGAUAAUCCAUAGAAGUUGUGAUGAUGGGGAGUAAUCUAGCAAGAAAAAUGAAUGAAUGAAGCAUGAAUGUCUAGCACUAUAAAAUCUCUUGAAGUGUGUCAACAAAACUAUCACAUACAGCCGGCCUCUGUUCUUACUCUUCCUGUGUAAAUAUGAGGAAUACUUGAAGUGCAUUUCAAAACUCUUGCAAAGAAAAAAAAGAAAAAAAGACAUGCAGGUAUGGACUUAAUCCAUUCACAUGUCACGUCUGUCAUUUGAAAUGAAACGGUGGAAGCUUUAAAGAAGUUCUUCUAUCUAAAUUCAUUUAUUUAAAAAAGUUUAAGAUGUGAACAUAUGAAAUUGCACUCAACAUGACAGCGUGUAAACUUGGAGCUGGCCUGAAGAUUCCUGUUUCAAGGCAAGCAUAGAUGAAGAACACUUGACAUGUUUAAUAAUAUUUUCUUUAGAAGGCUUAUACACAAAAACACAAUUAAUUCCCAAUUUGUCGAUCUUGAGUUACCUUAAAAGUGUGAAAAAAGGUAUAUGUAAAAGCAGAAAGUGUCACUUGCUAUAAAUACAGAAAAUGUCAGCGACAAAUUCAAUUUUAAGUUGAAUUUAAAUCAAACGAAUCUUUUGAUUUAUUAAGCCACUGAAUACGGCGCAAUUCGUAGACGCACUCAUGAAGAGAAGAAUUCAGGAUUUUUUUGCAUUUGUCACUAUUAAAAAAGUUAAAUACGACUAAGCUGACUUGUUAAAAUGUAUUGCAGACAGAUUUACAAAAAAGAAGCAUAGUCACGGAGUUUGAGCCAAUAAACUAGGUUACAAACGUUUUCUUAAAAGUUAGCAAAGUCACUCAUCAGUUUAAGUAAAAUUUUAGUCCACCUCCAACGAUGUUCCAAUAAUCAGAGUUGUGUUACCGAUAUGUCAACCAUAGGCGGCUUUUUCACUGAAAAGGGGGUAAAGAUACAGAUCUAUCUGUCAGAGUUGAAUUUCAAUGUUUGUAACCGUAAAUGUUUGUAACUCUGCAUUGUACAUUAAAAAUUUCCAAACCAAUGAUAAACAAACUUGACUUCGAUAAAACAUUAGAGGACUUUGAGUUUCUCUAAUUCCAAGUAGGAAAUUGUGCUUAAGUUUCUUAAAAAUAAUACAUCUGUGAAACUCAUUUUAGUCUGGUAUUUUGUUGUGAGACCACAUGGCUGACUUCAGCCUGUCAGCCUUGAUAUAUAGAUGUAUUUCACCAGCGGCUGAGGUUGAUAGAGACACAGCACUUUGCAGCUUAACAGCAAUCCACUGCUUUGUGGUAUUGUGUGUUACGUGACUAAGUGGUUUUUGUGUAUCAGAAAUGAUUGUAUCUCAUAUUAGAAAGCUACUAUAGGGACAAAUGUGUGACUUGUCCCAAGGAGUGAAUUAAAAUUAUUGUCCCUAUUUAAGAAAAUGUAGCUGCACUCACUGUAUGGGAUAUUGUGUACUUGAUGUAACAAGGUGUGUACUGGAAACUAGAUUUAGUGGUUAUGAAUGGAUCCUUGACCCAGAGUCAACUACAAAUAAAACAGAUUGUGAGUGUAUUUGAAAUGAACGUGUUCAAAGAAACACAGAAGUUUAUUAUUUGCUUUGCAAAAAAGUAAGGGGUCUGGUGGUCCAUACAUGGAUUUUUAGCCCGCUGCUUUUUUUAGGCUGUCGGCGUGUUACGGAUGCGCUGCACUACUGCUACGACCUGAUAUCCCACACAGUCUUUUUACGGGCAUAAAUUUUUCUUUUUGAAUAAGAAGAUUUAAAUUACCAUGUGGAGCUAUGUUUAGAGAAAACAGUCAUAUAAAAUGAUGUGUAAAAUAGGAUUUAUGUGUUUGCUCUUACGGUUUUGGAUACUGCAAUGCACUAUUGCACCUUACAUGCUGAACUACAAAAAAGUGAUUUACUGAAUUUAUUGUCUUUUACAUUUCUAUUAGUUCAUUAUUGAAAAAAAUGUAAACACUAUUAAUACAGCCUGAUAGGAUCACAGAUUUAUUUCAGGGGGCUGUAUUGGGUACAGGAAAAAGAUAAGGACACCGUAUGUUUUGUGAUAUUUCCAUAAACUCAAAUCCCAUAAUAGACUGGAAGGAAACAUAACAGCCAAAUAGCCAAAAAUGUUUCCAUUCACACCUGUUCCUUUCCCAACCAAAGCUUUAUAAACCCAACUACUCAGAGUGUAGAGAAGUGACCAAUUUUUUGGACAGUCAAGGUGCAGUUGUGGGCAAGCUGCUUAGUAAAGUUUAGUCCGCUAAGUUUCCAGUUACUUAAUACUACAGAAUGGCUCCCAUACACUGAAGAAAGCCCCAGAGAAAUGGAGCAAAGUGAGCUCCAGAAGCAGUCCAUGAUAUUACUCAAUGAAAACUAAAAGGUAUUCCAGUGUUUGACUGAACUGUCAGUCAGACCUAAUUCUAGUUUUACCUACAUUGUUGCUAUUUUAUGUUUGAAUCAGCUGAUUUCAUUUUUCUGUUUUGUAAUUUUGUUUUACUUCAGUUUAAUCGGUUUCUUUUCAUCUUCACUCAUGUUCAUCUCUCUGUCAGGGACACUCAAGCUUGGACAUCUAUAAAUUUCUUUGCAACCGAGACAUGGGUGGCAUCAGCACAAGCAUGAGUAUGCAAUAUUACCAUUAGACAGAGAGCUUUCGAUGUAGCACAACAAGUCCGUUUAUGGGAAGGCGUCACACACUGAUCUGUUUCAGAUCUGCUGUAUAUGACAUUAUUGCAGAAACAGCUGAUACACUUAUAAUUAGAAGUAUUUGUGAAAAUCUGGCCCUGUGGUAAAUAAAAGACACCAUUUGCAUCUGGACAUUUGACGUCUACUUUUAAGUAAGUUUUAAUUGAAUUUUAAAAGUUGACUUCAGUUGUCUGUUAUCAUUUGUUUUGCUGCCACAGCUGAGCAGAGUAAGAGAUUUUGUCUCUUAGGUUCAACUUUUUUUUAUAUGUUGAGCUGGAAAAGAUCAUGUAUCUGAUAGGUUUACCCUGUAUAGCCUCUUUGAGAAUCCUGACAUGUUCGAGAUAGACCAGGAUUUCCAGGCCCCGGUAUUUUCAAGAACUUGCCAUUCACACAUGCCCCUCACAGUGGGAGAUUUUUUCUGUCGGACAUGUUCUCACAGCUAGAUUUAUUUCUCUUGGUAGGGUGGGGGUGUCUGGGCAGCACACGCAGUCGGAGAAGGAGUCUUUUGUAAUGGUGACUGUUUCUGUAUUUAUAUUACUGCAUGAUCUGUGGGGAAAGAGCUCUCUGCAGCACAAACUCAACAGUAGAACUACAACAAAACACAGUAAUUACAGCUGUGGGAAAAGUCCUUUCUUAAUUAGCUGGCUUCCAUAUAAUGGACUAAAAAUUCAUUAGUUGGCAAUCACACAUCCACACACACCACCAGCAUAGAUUAGUCAGGAGAUUUUUGUCAUCGUGAUAAAGAAGGCUUAUGAUGAUUUAUAGAUAUUACUUUGACUGUUAAGAUAGUUCACCUUUUUCCAGUCCUUUUUUACACGGGUAAAAAACAAAUAGUUAAUGUUUAAAAAAAACAACAACAGUGUUUUGUAAACACAAAUAUACCACCGGCCUAGUAAUAGUAAUGUUGAACCUGAGUGUGCACCAAAGAAAUCCUGAUUCAACAGCUAGUCAAAGAUAAAUGAUAUAACCAGUAAUGUUGUGGCUGAAGUAAUAUGUGGAAAUAUCUAGUUUUCUUUUGAUUUGGUCAUGAUCCCACAGUGGUUAAUUGUACUUUGUAGACUUUUGCCUCAUGAUUGUAGACGGAGUGGUCAGCUUUUCCAUGCUCUCUUUUUUGACGUCCCUCUACUUACUGCUGUUUCCCACCUGCUGGCUCUAUAUCACUCUCAUGGCAUGUCAAAGAAGGGAAAGUUGUUUCAGUAAAUUUUCCCUUGCAGCAUGGUCACUUUCGGCUCUUUAGCAGGACACUGACAUGUGAAAAUGCCACAGGAAAGGUAGUAAAUCCCAUUUAUAGCACCAAAUGUUGUUUUAUUGCUUUUCGGACACUCCAUACACUAAAAGGUUUUUGUUUGAAGAGUGUAAAACAUUGUCACCCAGUUGUUUCACUUUUUCUGUGUGCCUCGUUUGCUAGAUAACGACAGUACCAGCAGGUUUUAACUCCCCCUACCCCAUUUGUUUCUUCAAUCCUGUUUAUUUACUUAGCACCAGCUGACUGAAAAACAAAAACAGAUGUAUUGUUCGGUGUUUCCUCGUGGUGGAGAAAUCAUGUUGUUAAUGACAGUUUCACUUUUUUAGUGUUUGGGGGCCUGGGAAAUGAGAAUAAAAAAACAAUGUUUGAUUAACAGUUAGUGGGGAUUAGGGGGAUUAUUUCCAAUAUAACAGUAAGCCUUAUAGCAUGUUAAAGUUGGUGUUAUCUCUCCUGUGUUAAAUGUACAGAUUACAGAAGAGAUGUUAUCUCAUUGGUGGGUGGAAGAUUUUUUUUUCUUCUCUCCACUUAAAAGGAAAUCGUAUAUUUAUUGUGUCACCUUCUGAGGUUCACAACCAACUUAAGCAUGUGUUCAUUGCUGUGUUGACAUUUGGCAGCAACUGUGGCUUAUCUUGAUGUUAAAUGGCUGACAGUUGCAUGACACCAGGCAGAGGUCUCUGGGUCCUCAGAGUCGUACUGGCCAAAUUAGCAUUUCUUUGAUGGUUUAAGUCAAGUUUUGAUGUUUCAUGCAAAAUAUAGAAUCCAUCAUUGGACUUGAAAUGCAAACUCACUCAGUGUAAGACCUGAUUUCCAGCUUGGAGCUUUGAGAAGAAAGUGGUCUCACCAUUCUAAGACAUUUGGCUUUACUUAAGGAACUCCAUGGUUUCAGGGCCAAAACUAUUAAAUGCAUUCCUUAUCUACUUUAGCAUGCACCCAUACAGCACAUGUUAACAAAUAAAAAUUUAUGACCAGAAUUGUACAGGCGUGUCUUCAAUGCCAGAGGAUAUAGUUGUUUUUUUAAGUUAAACUCUUGGCUACAACAACAAAAGGUAACACAACUCCUUGACUUUAAUUGUCAUGUUUGUAAUAUCAAGUUUGCAUAAUUAUACACACAUAAAGGAGUACUUCAACGUUUUGUCAUUGUGCAUUUCCUGUACUGCUGAAGGAUAUUACAGUUUUCAGAAGUUACAUAACGCUUGUCACCAUAUAUUUGCCAAUAUUCUAGAUGUGGUAGAUACUCGUGUUCUCCUUCCAGCAUUAAGUAUUAUGUCCUUGUGGAAAGUGUUUUACAGGUGUUGAGUUGGGGGACUUAACAGGACUAUCUAUCUGGAACAAUAGCAGUGGACAGAGUUAAGGAGGCUUUAGAGUCUUUAUGAACUGUAUCACAAUUGAAAUAUAGCAAUGAGAAAAGAGUGUUGUCAAAUAUUUCCAUCUGUAUAUAUUUACCAAUGAGAUUUGCACAUAACUUGAGACAGGCUUUAGUGAGAUACACCAGUUAAUCCUAAAAUCAUCACAGUUUCAGGUUUUGUUCUGGGCAUGUUAUAAAUGAAGCUGUAAUCUGAUUCAGGUGCUGGUCUUCUAAUGCGAUGCAUAACAAAUGUUGGCUUGAAAAAUGGUACAAUGAGAAGCUGUGAUAUUAAUUUCAUGGCUUAAUUACAGUGGCCUGGAAGUCAUCAGUGGGUGGUCAGCUGUCUAAUAAUGCAACGGGACCAUUAAAAAGCAUGUUCUCAUGUUCUGUCAUCUACACAUUACUGCAGUAUCUCACCCAUGAAACUGUGCAAACUGUGUACUGACUUAUUCUGCAGAACCACCCUCAGUUUUGUGGCUGGCUUUGUCAGAAAUUUUAAGAUUAUCUAGAGAAAUAAUGACUAUGUUACCGACCCAAAUAGACCCUGGCUCUAGUACAUUUCAAAGUGAAUUUUGGAUAAUAAUUAGUCAGUGCAGUCCUGAAACGUGUGUACUUGUGGUUAAAAGUACAAAAGAAUGAUCAUUUUCUGUCCAUCCACUUUUGCAUGGAAGAAAAACAAGCAAUAGUUAAAUUGAUGAGAUUUGACUCCUUGAACAAUAAACAUGAGCAAACAUUUGUACUACAAUGACUGAAAAACUUUAAGAAAAGCUUGUUUUCAUAUGUUCCUUAAUGCCUCAACAUUUGAUCUUGUGGAAUUAAAAGAAGUUUUGGUAUGGGUGCAAUCUAAAUUUAAAGGGUUGUUCCUGUAAUAUUGAUGAAAUGCACUGUCCCUGUAGUAAUGAUAAGUUCAGGCUGCAUGAGUAAUAUUGAAAGGGGACUCAAAUUUAGGGCCUUUGUUUUAACAUGUGUAAGUGUAACUGUACGUGUGUUAAAACAAGAAAACAAAGAAUAAAGCAUGACAGUUGAGGAUGUGUUAAAAUUUCUCUGGAGCGAAGUCAUCAGAAUGGCCAGCACAGAGACGCAAGCUCUUCAUGUAGAGCCAGUGGGCUUUAUCUCAUCUCAUAUGAUGGACUUUGCUAAUGUGUCACAUUCCCUGCAAAAGAAAAGGAGUUGUGUCCUCUGUUUCUAAAUUUGUAGGUUUUAAGUCUCCAUCUUUUUUUCUUAUCAGAAAAACAAUGUGAAGAAUAUAUUUACUUUACAGGUGCAUGUAUACAAGCAGAAAUAUUUAGCAAUAGGUAAUGGUCAGGUUUAAGAGUAAAUGGCUUCCUUGCCCUUCUCCUGAAGAAGCUCAUGUGAUGCAUGAUUUGAUCCUCUGUGACAGGAACCAAGAAUUGCCACGUUUCACCGUAGAACAUCUUUAUAAUUUUGCACAAAACAACAACUUUCUUCUUCUUUGUUUUCCAAACUGCGUUUGGUGCUUUCAUUCAGCAAACAAAGAAAUGGCUGUGAAUAGUUUGUUCUUUAGAAGUAGAGACAUGGCGGCGAAAGAUUAGACUACCAAAGCUUUGAUGCCAUGCUAGAAUGCAUUGAAAGCAUGUUGCCCUCCUGAUUUAACAUUGGGAGAGCAGGGGUCCCAGAAACUGACCCCCUUUUCUAAGUCCCUCACAGCCACUCCGGUCUCCUCUGUUAGGCCGAUGCCAACAGCUGAAGCCUAGGGAGAUUGUAGCAUGUGUGCUCACCCUAAAGGCAUUUCCCUUUGCCCAUCAGUUCAGAGAGCCAAAAUACAAGAAAAAAAUUCUUUACCAGGUGAAGCACACCCCUAUGUGAAGAGACAGAUAAAUAUGAAAUUAAAUACUGAAAGGUUUAUUGACUGUGGUGGUAAGGAUUUAGAGGUUGUUUUUUCCAUCCUCUUCAGUUCUAUAUGAUCUGAACUUAACAAAGUCCACCACAGUAAGUCAUUUACAGCCCUUAUAGUGUCACUUUAGCACACAUCCCCACAGCUAAAGAAUUGGAUAAGUGUCUAAAUGACUAAUCAACAAGACUGAAUCAAAUUAAGUUGUUGCGUGGGUUCGAACUGCUUAAGAUCUUGACUCAGAGAAUGACUCUUAUUUUACCAUAACUGUCACAAGUGUACACAGCAGGCUUAUGAUACUGUUCAAACUGAGCAGCUAAAUUUGGUCUUGAUGAUUCUGGACUGGACUAGUUUUCAAGAGUUUUAGAUAAAUCUGUGUCUUAUUAUUAUCAGGAGGUUUUGUUUGGUUUGUCUGUGGAUGCUUGUGGUUAUAGAAGCAACACACUAGACAUGCAGUUAUCAUUAAAAUGGAAUUGCAUUUCUGCACAAUUAUGAUAUGAGUCUUUGAUUAUGAUGUUGGUACCUACCUCUGCUUUUCAAGGUUUCUCACUUCAUGCUGCACAGUUUUAUAGAACUAACAGUUAAAAGAAUUUUAGUAUUUACUAUUUCCACAAGAGUUUUAUUCCUAAAGGAUAUUCUCACAAUGGCAGCACUUAUUCAGAGUUGUCUUGAAUUUGAAUACUGAAUCUUACAAAGUAAUUGCAGUAGUUGUUGUCUUUUUACACUGUUGACUUGUUUGUUAGAUGUGUUAAUACUCAUUUAACUUGGUGCUUGUCUUGUAAGCAGCAUGUGUAGUUCCUAAAAUAAGCUUGGAUGUUUGGAUAACAGAUCCAGAUUUAUGGGUCCGGGGUCAGAAAUGUCUCUGAGAGAAAUAGAUGUUGUAUUCUUUCGUAAGCAGGAAACUAAUCACAGCUGAGGACUGUUUUCAACAGACUCAUGAACUCUUUAAGUGGUUUCUUACACUUUCUCUUUCAGGCUCACUCUUCUGAAUAUCUUUGACCAUUUGUGGCUAAAAGUGUAAUGAAGCUUAGUGAUUUGUGGGUGGUCUUAAACUAAAGGUAGACAUUUGAUAGGGUGGGCUUAUAUUACUUUUUUUUAGUCCAUUUCUAUUUGAUUUUCCAUUUCUGAUUUGAAAGGAAAAGUGGGCUGAGGCAGUAGUUGGUAGAGGUUUCUCUUAGUCAGGCACAUUCAGAACAUUAGCCAUGCUGAGGAUACCAAAUGGGCAGUGUGUAAAUUAUCACACAUGCCAUGUUCUGCGCCCAGCCCUUAGCCUCACAACCUUUUUUUAAUCAGCAGGUGUAUUUUGUGUACUUGGUGGGGAGGGAGAACGACCUACAUCAAUGGCAAUUGAUAGAAAUGUCUGACUUCCUCUGCCAACUAAGUAAGUAGAUAUACAGGGCUGAUGACAGGUAGAGUUGUUGACGAUUCAGUCGCCUUGUGUCCUGUGUCAAAAAAAGGAAGGAGAGGAUGACUGAUGAAAGAAUGAUAUACAUUAGCAAGACAGUAAAAAACCACUAAUGCACAUCAAAACAACCCAUUUCCAUUUAGUACUUGAUCCUCAGAUUCUACGCUGCACAGAUUCCACAAAACUAUGACACAGAUUUACGUCCAGAGGUUAGAUUCAGAUGGGCUCAAUAUAGUAGCAAUCAAAAGAGUGACUCACACAAGAUCACUUUGCUACUGGUCAGAAACAGUAAACCUGUCACUUAGCCAAACUCAUGGUAUAAUUUGAUCGUUCAUCCCUGUAUCAAGAUUUAGCACCCCAACUAGACUGGUGUUCCAUUAGGAGUGUUUCUUAAAGAUGUGCAGGUUUUUAAGAGGAAUGGAAAUAUGAUCGUAACAAAUUAGAGAGUGGUCAUGGUAAAAAUGAUGUUAUUUACUAAAAAGGCAGACUGUGCAGAGCUUUUGAUACUGCCUUUGGUACUAUUGAUUCCUUUUACCACUGAAGCUAAAAUCCUGAACAUUUUUGAUAAUAUCAUUCUUAUCCUUGCCAUUGUUUUAAUCAGGCUUACACACAAAUGACUACAGCCACAACAAAAGUUUGGCUGUAAAUAUCUAUUUGUUUUUGUUUAAAUCACAUCUACUUAAAAAGAACCUCUUUUUCUAACAACAUGGUUAAGGAUGCCUGAAUUACACAUUUUUCUAACCUUGUUUCUACUUCUCGGUGUUUGUUUGGUGAUAGUGUUUCUCCUCCUGCCCUCUUGCCUCUAUUUCAUCAGUGAACAGUAGCAAUAAUUUUCUGUCCUUCAUUGAAAAAACCAACGACAUACAUUUAAACAUUACCCUCUUCUCCUCACCCUCAACCAGUCCUUAAAAAAAUUUGCUGAAGCCGUAUAACUCUAGCUGGACUCUGAGGUCCUCUGAUCAGGGUUUACUGGUUGUUCCUUGGACCAGACUUCGAACUAGAGUCUGUGCAUUUGAGGUGUUUGCUCCUAAACCUUCGAACUGUCUCCCUCUUGAACUGAGAACUGUGGACACAGUGGAUGUUUUCAAAAAACAGUUAAGGACCCAUUUGUUUAGACUUGCCUUGGUUUGACCAGGACUUGGCUGCUGGUGUGGUAUUUAUUUAUGUUAAUAUUAUGUUGUUUUAUCCUUUUAAUUGAUUAUCAUGAAGGUCUUUUGACAACUGUUCUUGGAAGGGAUAUAAAUAGAGUAAUAAUAAUAAUAUUAUUGUUGUUGUUGUUAUUAUUAUUAUUAUUAUUUUUAAUAUAGAAAAAAUCUUCUAGUCCUGUUACCACUCAAAGCACUAUCGUACUAGAUGUCACAUCUACCCAUCAACACUGCAUUCACACACAGAUGGCAGAGGCUGCUAUGUGAACUGACCAUCAGUAUUAACUAAUCUCAUUCAAACACAUUUACACACUGCUGGCUAUGCCACUGGGAGCAAUUUGGGUUUCAGUGUCUUGUCCAAGGCAUGUGGACUGUGGGACCUGGGAUUGAUCUCCCAUCCUUCUCACUGAGAGAUGACAGUCUACCACUGAGCCACAGCUGUCCUCAUUGAGCAAUGGCAGCAAGUUCAUACAACAUUAGUCUUUACUUUUUUUCGUUUUUUGAUAAAGCCAGUUCAACUGUCAUGAGUUUUUAUACCUACUUGGUUAUUUCACCUCUAGAUAUUAAGGGUCUGUCAUUUCUUUUAAUAUGUAAAGGGGAUGAUUAAUAUAUUUUUUUACAAGUCGACCCUCUCUUGUUUUCAUACCUAUACCAUACCACAGUGUGUAUAAAGAGGUAUUUGCCAGUUACAACAUAAAAGUUUGAUGUUUGUUUACACUCAUUUUACUUCUUUUGCAUGUUAGGUUUGUAACGUGCACUUUACCUAACUAGUCAGGUAGUUGGUGCUUUCACAGGGAUGUCUCUGACUAUCUUUCAGUUUAGAUUAUCACACAGCUCCAAUAGCAAAUCUCUACAAAUGUUAUAUGUUUAGUCUCACGAUUGCAUUCCACCGCCCGCUGAGCACAGAGGCAUGGCUCAGUUGUGGAGCACAGUGCAGCUGCUGAAAUGGUAGAAUGAUGCCAAUGUGGCAGGUGGCAGAAUGAAGUUAGAUGUGAGUGUCUGUUUUUCAUAUUAAUCAUGCAUAUACUCAGUCAUGAAGGCUAACUAAUGGAGUUAUCACUUUUGGUCUUAGUCAGUACUAUUCCAAGUCAAUACAGUGGAGCAUAGAAGUUUACCAAACAAAACCCAUUAGGCAGAGUCUCCUCUCAGUUUGACAUCACAAACCCUGUAUUUAUUUCAACAAGCACUGUGUGCAGCGUCAGGGAAAUUAGUGGUUGUUCUUAGUAAUGAGAAGAUGAAAAAAAAAAUUUAAAACAGUCUUUCUGUAAUGUAUCAUGUGUUGACCUUUUGGUUGUAAAACUUAAGAUGCAACUCUAGUAUCUUAGAUUACAUUCAAGAGCACUUGUAAUCUAAACAGGUAAGUCUCAUCCUGCCUUGUCACUUAGUCUCAGCUUGAUUCACUCACCCCAUCCUGGUAGCACCUAUUUCCGUCUCUGGUGGUGCAUUAAAAUGGUUAUUAAUAUCCAGUUUAGCCUAUAACUGCACAGGGUAUAUGUGCAUACAGCUGAAUCAAGGUCUUAAUAAUUAAAAGCUGCCAUAACAAAACAAAACCCAAAGUGGGGAGUCUAAUUUCAUGAGUGCCUGUUAUUUCUAAACUGGGAUCCACAGAGAAAUCCCUUGAUAGUCAUUACUCUAGGGCAUAGCCAACCCAUUUUGUCCACUGGCUUUCAAGGGGAUUUCUCACUUACACUGGAGUUUUUUAAACAGAUUUUUCUUUCUCUUUUCCUCCUGUACUGUUUACUUGACAUUUUGGGGGUUCUGCAGAGCAGCUGUUGGAAAAGUUGCUGACUCCACUCGCUUCUAUUGUUUGUGUAAUUUGUGCUAAUGGCUAUUUGAGCAGCCUGUGACAUCAGCAGCUUCCUGGUGUGAGACAUGUUGAGCCAUAUGGCUGCAGUGCUGUCCCUGCCUCUGUCAGAUCUUUAUCAGUUCACUUGAACAGUGUGUGUCUGUCUGUGUGUGUGAGUGUGAGUGUGUGUGUGUGCGUGUGCGUGUGUGUGUGAGUGUGUGUGUGCAUAUGUGUGUGUCUGUGUGUGUGAGAGAGCAUGUAUUUAGGUAUGUAGACUGAUUGAUUCUUAAAUGUUUGCACAAGUCUCUUACUUUUUCAUCAUGUCAACACAACCAUGUGCCUUGUUGAAUGCUUGUGCGUUUUAGCUUAAAAAGUAAAAAAAAAGGGGACAUUUUUUGAGAGAUAAGCAUUUGUGACCUACUCUUGUCUUUAAAUAUCCUCUUUUCUCUGUCCGAUUUUUUGCCAGCAGCACCAUGUUUGGAGGUGUGGAAUGUGUGUCUUGGUUUGCUAUCAUUUUCAAUCACAUGCUUGAUGUAAAAUGAGAAUUGCUAGGGGGAGAAAUCUAUGCCAUCCCUUCAUACCACUGGAUUGGCACUGUGGGUCAGGCGCAUGGAUUAGCUAUAGUGUAAUUUCCCAUGUUGGGGGAGUAACCAUGCGGAAGCUGAGGAUGUAUUUUGAAGAAUUGCUGUAACAACAUUACUUAAUAUCCCAAUACAAAGACGUUGAAAUCAAAGCUUUGGGUCAAAAAAUAUAACACUGUUAAAAAAUAAAAGAAAAAAAAAAGAAAAACAGCAGCAAGAUGACAGCUUAAAAAACAUAAUACUUUUUUGCGUUACGUUUUAAAUGGCUGGAAAAAAAAAUCAAGUCACUGCAAAAUUGAGUGUAACUUCAAGUUGUCAGCUCAAUGGAUGACUUAGUUUUCCAGGUUAAAAGCCAUUUAAAUUCUGAUCUAAAAUGUGUGUAUUUUAAGAGAUAAGAUAAGAUAUACCUGUAUUAGUCUCACAGGGGUAAAAUCCAAGAUUAUAGCGGCAUAAAUACAAAUACAAAAUAGAAAUUAAAGGAUAAAGAAACUUAGAGUCAAAAAAGAUAAGUUCAUAAGUCUUGUUUACUAUAUACAUGUGUAAAUUAUAUACAUAUAAAUAUGGUUUUAAGUCAAAAUUAUCCAAAGUUAAAACUUCAGUAUUGAAAAGUGCUAUAUUUAGACCAAUAUUACUUACUUAUAUACUUUUGACAAAACAAGAAGGAGGAAAAAUAAGAGCUUUUUAUUUCUCAAACUAUCUGAGAUGCAAGAACACCACCAGAAUUCAGGGUUUGUAGAGGUAACAACUGUGGGGGUUGAGCUCUUAAAACCGAGUGAUGUACACUUAGCUAGACAGAGGUGCAUUCUCAAUUAAAAGGUAUAUACACAAGAAUAAGGAUUUGCCCUUCAGAGACUCCAAUAUCCAUGAUUCUUACCCUUUUCUUAAAUGAUUGGCCUCCAGUUAAAAUCGCAUAAACAAGUUGUAACUUGAAUUCAGUUUCAAAAGUUUGAUAUUUUUCAAAUUUAAGAUAUGUGAUGUCGAGUAGAAGAAGCCCAGUUGAAGAACUGUUCCUAGGAAUCAAAGAAACUUAGUCAGGUAAGAAAGGAGCAAUCCUGCCAUUGGUUAGAAUGUCAGAGGGUGGGAUUAAUCAAACAGCUUUGAAUGGUAUUUGUAAGUAGGAUAGUGGUGACAGAUGGUAAAAUGUAAGACUUGCUGUGGACAGAGAUGGAGGAGAAUUGGAGUAAGGGAAGAGCAGAGGAAAGGGGGUACUGAUAGGAGGAAAGGAGUGAGAGAAGGAUGGUAGGAGGGGUUGUGGGACUCAUCACUACGUCACCUUGUACACGAAUAUAGCUCUGAUGUUGCUGACUGCUGUUGGGGAAGAGACCAGCUUGAUGUCCCAUACUGUACUCUACCGUCAUCAUAAAUAGAACGAACAAGCUAGAAAUGUCUGUUUUCUGCUAUGAGAACUGCAGAAUUUUAGAAGGACACUUAUUUGUUGGUCUCAUAUGUUAUUUGACAGCAAAGUGGCAGCCAAUGAAAUUGAAAUUUACUGCCUACUCGAGGAUAGCGGCUAUAAAUAACUCUUUCAGAGCAGCAGGAAAAAUGGCUGGUGAGGCUAAGUUGUCAAAGCCAACUCAAUCUCCCCCUCUGACUCCUUAUUUUACUUCACCUCUGAGUCUUGUGACACUUACUUUGCUUGAGUUCCUACCUGACUAGUAUAUCCCUAAUCGGACAUAUCACUUCUAAUGGGAUUUUUCUUUUUUUCCUGCUUUUUACUGGAUUUGCUCACCAUUUUCCUGUACUUCAUCCUUUUACUGUGGUUCCCUGUUCCACAGUUUUUUCUGAUAGUCUGACGGAUUAAAAUACUUUUUUUGUCAAACUCGUGACUACUGUAAUAGGAGCUGUCGCUGGUGAAAGUUUAGACUUUCCCUUCAGUCUGUGUGGCCUCCAUCCUUCUUUUGCCGACCGCAACUCUGACAAGCCAGAUGGCUCUCUGAUGUCACUCUGUCCAAAGUCCAAGAAAGCUGUUCAGAGACUCAGUCACCUGGACCCCAGCUCUCAGCACCUUGUUUGACACUCAAUGUCAGCGGAUUCCAGGUAACUGGAGGGCGUUUCUUAGCCCUUGUCAGCACUCUCAAAUCAAACUGACAUCGUAACACUUGAUAGGCAAGAAAAGAUGGGCAAGUGUUGAUAAUCUGUCAGAAAAAUUGUAGUGCUAGAAUUUAUGGUUUACAUUGGAUGGCUGUGCUAGUUUACUUAAGCAUAUUCUUAAAAGGCCUGUGCUUAAUGAUUUUUUUAGGGAAGGCAUAUAACCUACACUUUUGUGUUUUAUACAGUUCUAUUGCAGCUCUUAUUUGUUUUGUCCUCCAAAACUGAAGUCACCACGCUGGUAUGUUAUAUCUCAAGAAACACCCUAAACAAGUGUCCCCUUAUCAAUCUUAGCAGGCAAAAUCUCAUCAGAGCUCUGGAGGGUAACCAUGGUUUUUCUGUGUGCAAAAAUCCAGAAACAUGUUGGUAUGCUCUUAAAGUUCCACAGUUGGUUGGCAGCUGUCAAGUGAGAAGUCUACUUUGACCUGUACGUUUCUCUUUGACCCCAACACUGUCCUAAUGGUUGAAACAAGAUCAUCUUCAGCUAUCUCGUGUACGAAAGGAGUAGAGAAAAAAAAUGUUUCUCAAGCUAGAGCUUCUCAGGGUUAAGUUGCGUGACCCUAGCUUUAACAUGUGUUUGUAUGUGAUGGGGUUAGAAACCUAAUGUCAGGCAUGUGAAAUUAGACUUACUGAUUUGACAGUCAUAGGUUAUGGUUGGGUACAUGAGAUUCAAGUUACCACACAAAUUUUAGUUUAGCUUUUGAUAUCUCUACAUAAAACUCCAUGACUGAUCCCAGCAUAAAUCUGACCCUUUUACAAGCAUCACCAUGCCUAGCAUGAAUCAAAGUGAUGCUUUAUGGCAGACAUACCGGUCUUAUGGUGGUCGUGAGGGGCUAGACCGUAUGUCUCUGUGGCCAAGAUGUUUCACCUAUUGCUGGAGCACCAUAAAUCAGGGACCAUCCCCUUUUGCAACAGUGCCAAAUGCGGAGCAAGGCAAGCCGACCCUGCUUCCUCGCCCCUUGAGGCCAUCUCUCAUGGCAUGAUGGUGGCUAUAUGUUGACUGUGCAGGCUGUGGAUACAUGUCUUAUUUGUUGAAAAGUUAAAUUAAGGCUCAGGAAUGUUGGUAUCUGAUCCAUUUGGGAAUAGAGCACAGGGUGCAUGGCUUCUCUGAAACACUGUCCUGAGUCACAUGCUGACUCAAGGCAAGCCACAUUCAUGUGUCUGUCUGAAUCACAAACUCCAUAUGAUUUGUAGGUUUGUGUUUUGCUACAAUUAUUCCGUCUAUCCAUGCAGCACAAUUAGAAAAUCCAUGUCUGAGGAAAUAGGAAUAUCUUAUACUUAGUUGCUAAUGGGCACUUUCAUCCUAUUCCAAAGCAGAUGUCAGGGGCCAGACAGGGUAUGUUCAACAUUACCUGAAAAAUUAAUAAGAACUGCCAUUUCAUCACACUGGAUAAGAACGUGAUCAAAAUGAGUACAGUGCCCUCAUAUGGCAGGCUGAAGCACCUCUGACAAACCUCCUGGGACCAGUUAUGGAAAAAUAUGGCACCCCCUUGUGGGCUGUUGAAAAAGUGCUUUAAAGAUACCUAAGCAGUAUGAGUGUGUGUGUGCCCUCCAUGUCCCCCUUUCAAUGAUCACCAGCCGCUGUUCCAGUGAAAGCGUACUGGAGAUCUACUUGACAAAACAUACAAAUUAAAAUACAACAAAUAUUAGAAACGUGUAAGUGUGAAAUCUUAAGAAAAAAAGAAAAAAAAAAAGAAACAAGAAAUUAAGUUAUUUUCCUGAGUCAAAGUCUUUCAACUGCCAAAGCCGUGUUUCAAGCUAGAGCCUUAGAUCAAGACUCACAACCACAGCUAUCAACAAUUACAGCAGCCACACACACACACACACGCACGCACGCACGCACGCACGCACGCACGCACGCACACACACACACACACACACACACACACACACACAAAAAAAAGCUAGCUCAAAUGAAGCAUCUCAAAUCUUCAGACAUUUCAGCAGUAAACGUUAGUUAACUAUUGAAACUUAAUUACACAUACACACAACAAAACACAGUUACAUUACUUUUCUAUCAUUUUACAGAAACUUACUGUUAUAUAGAUAUUUUCAAAUAUUUUAUCUGUCAGUAAUAGGAAUUUCAGUCUGAAAAACAGAAAUUAGAUUAUAAUGUAAUUUAAUAUGAUAGUCAUUCUAAAUGUACAGUGAUCAUUCAGAGUCAAAUUGAAUGAGUAUUUGUAUAAGUGUUGGACAGAACAUAUCAUUGCUGAAUGUGGUGUUACUUGUCAGCCCACGUAAAAAAAGUAAAUAAGCUGACACUUAAAACUUGUUUUGGAUGUUACUGAUUUAGAAAGUCCCCCUUGACAUGAGUUAAAUAAGUUUAUAUGAAAUUUGAUCAAAAGAGAUCAACUUAACCGCAGAAAACUUCAGUAAUAUACAUUUCUGCUAAGCAUUAGGACAACGCAGGCCUUCAGUAUAAGCCAGCUAGUUUUUUCGUUUCUUUUUGCCGAUUGGGCACGUUGCUAACAGAUGGAGUGACCAUAAAUCUGCCGGGGGUUACCUUCCUGCCAGUGGACUGCCUGUGUGCGUCGGUAAAGCACUGAUUUACAGCUGUUUAAAUCUACAGAUACAGUCGAACUUCACAGAAAAAAAAAUAGCAGAGAGUAUAACUUGUAGUUGAUUAGAGAGUCAGCUCACAUAUUACUUGUUGUGAGAUAAUUGUUUUUAAGGUCUGUUUUUCAUUUGGCUUUUGUUUUGCUUUUAAUUAAGACUAAUAUUGAAUUGAUUGUUGUUGUUUUUUUAAAUUGGAUAAAAUCAAGAUAUCUAUAGUGAGAUUAAAGAAAUGGAAGAAAAAUAACAAUUCCUUACAUUUGUAAUUUUAUUGCCAUGCUUAACAAGUGUAACCUUAAAAACUAAACAAAACCCAAUACAUUAAAUCAAUGCUUUUAUAAAUAUAGAAAAAACUGAAAUUACUUGUUGAUUCUGUAAACAUAAAAUUGUUUAACAUUAGUAAAAUGCAUUGAAAAAGAAAGAAAGAGCUAAUCAAUAUAUUGAAUAAUAAUUUAAUUAUUAAAGUACUAAAACUCUCAUUCUUGUCUUUGGAUAUGAAUGUAGUUUUACAAAAUAAUUUGAGGUGUCAGUUUUUUACUUGAUCCGUUUUUAUUGUCAUUUCUACAAAAAAAAUGUGUCUAAAUUUCUCUCAGCAGUAAUAACUUAUUGCACUUAUGUCUGAAUAAAAUCAUUCUGAUCUUAUACAGCUUUCUGGUUCAAAUUUUUUUUUUAAAGAUAUAUAUAUAUAUUUUUCUGAAGUAUCUCAAAUUUACACAUAGCCAAAUGAAGAGCAGAGUUUUCUCAGAAAUUACUUUAAAGGAUUUCUUAACAAAAUGUCUAAACUGGAUAUUUGUACUUUUUUUAUUUGUAAAACUUGAUAAGAAAUUAAAAUCUAACUGACUUUUUCUGCGUUUUUCAGUGGAUAUUAAUUGUUGUGAGAAUGUAGACAGAAUAAUGGCAUUACAUCUUAACAGAUUCAAAAAUAAGCCAUCCAUUAUUUAUUAUUUUUUUCUACUUUUUUCUUUUAUUUUUGUAUUUGAAUUUUAGAAAACUUGAUUGUUUCUGGGCAUUAUUCUAAUUCACACUGGAAAACGCUUCAAAUUAUUUGAACAAAAAAAACAAACAAACAAACAAAAAAAAACUGAUAACCAAAGCACUGUAGACAUGUUGACGUGACAAAGUUAUUUUAUCCUAUGCAUGCUCAGCACCAAUAAGAUAAAACAUAAACCAGUGUGGGGAACAUAUCCGUCUCACAAACUUAACAACUGUGAGUCAUCUAUUGUCUGGGGUUUUCAUGACAGCCUGCAAUUUAUAAAAUAGUGAGGCAUUAAAAUUAACUUAUUAUGUGUGUCAUUGCAAAAGGCUGUUUUAGUUAAAGGUCAUCAGUAAUCAGUCAUUUUGCUGUUUACUUUUGCUCUAAAUCCUACUCUUAAACUUUGUGUGAGUCACACUGUUGCCACUUAUACAACAGUUUUACACCCACUAAGCAUUUAAAGACUCUCUUUGCCUUGGUCUACCCCCGUCCUCACACACAGGCUGACCACUUGUGACUUCUUAUCACAUGUGUCUCCUCUGCCUGUCCAGUGGUCACUAACACACGGAACAGCGUCACUCACAUACACUCACAUAGGGUGAAGACCAGUGGCAGUGAUGUUAUGCUAAUGAACAUGUGCUAGCAUUAGUCGUCAUGUUAGAGGGUAGAGACAUACGUCAGUCUCAGCUGCUGGGCAGAGUUUAGGCUAUAGGGAAGCAGUGCAGAGUUUAGUAUCAGAGGUGUUAGUCCGACCUUCACAGCCUGUCUUUUCAAGGUUAGUGCAUUUCUUUCAAACUUCCAGGUGUGCUUUUUGGUAUACGCUAUUUGGAAAGUAUGUGUUGGAAAGUCUUGACAGCUGUAUGCUAGUGGGUGUGUGCAAAGACUAGUCUGGAUUUAUAACUGUCCAUGGUGCAGCUGCAGUGUAAGAAGAUUGUGGGAUCUUUGCUGGAUGGUGUCACUGGAGUCAGUGGAAGACUGGAUUGACUGGAUUUAAAGCCUUCCGCUAAUUUGUUACUUCCCCCAAUGAGGCUCUGUGGACUGAUUUGGCCCAUGUGGUGUUUUGUUUUGACUACGAAGCUGCCUUGGAGCUUGAAAGUGUGUGUGUGGGUCUGCGUUUGCUGUGACAUACUGGGCUUUCAGGCCUGUAGGCAUACAACUCUUAACAUGUAGACUGAGAUUGAGUUUUAUAAAGAUUUAAUCAAUCAUUGUGUUUUAACGUUCAUCUGAGAUGUUUGUCAUUUUUUAAAGGUUAAAUGUAGUGAUUUUCUUUGAAAUAUUAGCUGCAGUGAUUAUACUUCUCAGUAAUAAUUGUCAUCAACUGCCACUAAAUGUUCUCAUUUCAAAGCUGCCUGUGGUCUCAUUGUUGAGUAUUAGGAGACUGAUUUAUAUAUUUCAUUUUAUAGUAACCAUAUUUUUUCUAUAAACUGUUUUAAAAUUGAGGCCUGACAGUGAGCUGUGUUGAUAAAAACAGUGGCACUUUUUUUUUUCUUUUCUGUGUAAUAUUGUGUUUGAGAGUAUUUUGGUCAGCAGGUUAAGAAAGCCUUUGUGUAGAGCGAUUUUAGCUUAAUGCUCAAACAGCUACAGUCUGCUUUAAAAUUGAGCUUGAUGCUUGAUGAGAAAUGUUUCUUUUUUUAUUUGCAAAGUUAAAUCAUGAAUGUUUUACAAACUUGCCGCAGAGACCCUUGCUUGUUUAAGUACAGGUGUUUAAAAAUGAUCUCUUGAGAGCAAAAUUUUACACUUUAGUUUCUCAUUUGUGAAACUUUUGAAUUAAGAAAAAGAUGAUAAGCAUGGUCCAGCAGAAUUAGCAAUUCACAUCACUGAACCAGAGUGGGUAAGAUUAACAUGAAAUUGCAGGCCUAACUGUGACAUAAACUAGGGUCAUAUAAACAAAGCCUAAUGACAUGACCUAUAUCAUAAUUUGUCCUCCUGCACCAUGUCUUUAAAUAUUUGUAAGAGUCUUUAAAAUGAGGCUUAAUUCAGAGAAGUUAAAACAAUACAAUUUGAAAAACUUUCCCACUGACAAAGAUGCAGAUCCUAGGCCAGUUGAGAGGCUUGUUGAAUAGGGUAUUCAGUGUUUUUCAAAAUAUUUCAUGAAGACAGUUUUUGUAAGCAUAAGGGAGAUCAUUGCUCGAAAGACAUGUAUUUUUUUUUGUAUGUAUGUCUGACUUUGCUGAAAUUACUUGUCUUUUUCUUCAUAAGAACUUGUAAAAUUGCUCCACUAUUCUUUAACCUACUUUCAGCUGCUUGCUUCCCUUCAUUUAAAGAAAUUACAAAUACACAUUGAAGAAAACCUUAUAAGGAUGGCUCAAACAUUGUAGUCAUAGUUAUCAAUUUUUCAAAUGAGUACAUGUUGCCAACAUCCUAAUUCAGUAGAUCUGUUAAAAGCUUUUAAAGCCCUAAUGUGCACAAAUUACUUAGUUCAUGAAAUUGUUUUCCAACGGUGUCUAAGACAGUAUAAUAUUAUUUAUUUUGUGUUGUAUACAACACAUGCACCGUUUGAUGCUCGCUCUGUCUUGCCCACAUAAUUCUAUGACAGAUUUCAGCUUGUGCUUUUCAUUGUUAGAGGACUUAAUAAUUAUAUUUUUAACCUUUAUUUAAUCCCCUCAAGUCAUGUAGGUUGAAAUGAAAAUGCCAAAAGAUUAAAAUGUUGUUUAAAAUUAAAUCCGCUGUUAUUGUUUAAAAGAGACUGGUGCACUUCUGUGACGAACAUGAACUAAUAUGAGAUUAUUCAAACACUGUGACGUUUGUUUGGAUUCAAUUUAUUGACGUUAUAAUUAGCAAGCUUUUCUUACUUGUCAUCCACUUCUUUUGAAUCCCAUGAUGCCACUCUGUAAGACUCAUUACCAGUCGCAGUUUAUUUGACACCUAUAUUCCCUAUCUUCAUCAUGAGAUUGGUCUGAAGUGUUAGGCACACUGUGCCAACUGCCUAAGAGUCCAUAUUAGUCUAUCAAGGACACUGUGUGUCGGGAUGGCAGAGGGCAGCUCUGGUAUUUAUAGCUUUGAGUCAUAAGUUGGAACAGCAUAAGUGUAUCACUCCAUCAGCAAGCUUGCUCACUUAAUAAGUUUCAUAUAAUAGGCUGUGAAAACUCGGGACAGUCAAUUGUCUAAAGUCAGUCAGUUGCAAUCAUUUAGCCAAUUUUAAAAAAUUGAAGCAUGAGUGUGUGAUUUGUGUAAUCAUUUUGUUGGUGACCAUAUUCUGAAUCUCCAAAAAAGAGGACAUUACUGUGCAUUGCGGAGAGUUGUGUGCGCAAUUUUGAGGGGUCCGAAAGAUCAGGUCAAGUGUUUUAUAAGCUUUUUAUCUAACUUAGUUAAACACAUAAAAGACAUUUAUGCUUUUUUUCCAUCUUUUUUUUUCUUGGGGGGCGGGGGGGGGGGGGGUAUUUUAGCUCAUCUUUUUUUUUUUUUUUUUUCACUGGUAGAAUCAGGCUUCCUUACAAACCCUGGACAUUUAAAGAUUUUAUAAACUCCCCCCCGGACAGGCUGGACAGCCCCCUGCAAAAUCAUGAUUCAUAAAAAGUGCACACUUUUUCAGUAAUUUACUUCUUCUUAUUCUACUCUUAACUUUUGAUACAUUUUUUUUAAUAGUGACUGUGAUUUAGAGUGGGAAGUGCAAAGUGAUUUCAAGUCUUAAGGUUGGUAAGAGCCAGAUAUUGUCCUGAAUAUCUUAAAGUUGCGUUAUAACACGUUUAAUAUAAAACAUACUUUAAUAUGAUUUCACAUUGGAAUUUAGUUUUACCCUAUUUUAUCUUUUAAAUUAUAGAUUUGUAACAUUAGUAGCCCCACUGUCAUGCUUAUGUUCGCUUCAUUAAUUCAACUUCAAAUGUACUAAGGAAUGUCUCGAUAAGAUACAACAUGAAUUCUGAAUUCGAGUUCUGGUCGUGACUGUCAUAAAACAAGAAAUACUAAUAAAAAUAAAAGACAUGGAUACUAGCAUCACAAAAACAUUACAGACAAACAAAACACACCAAACUGAUAAAAAGCAUUAAAGGAUUAGGGAUAAAAUAAAUAGUAAUUAUUGGUCUUGUUAAGGGCACAUUUGUGUUGAUUUUUAAUCUUUUUAAAGACAAGAAGAGAGGGAAAUUAAUGUCAUUUGAGUAUGCCUUAUUACUCAUGUCAGGCUUGAGGCUGUGGAGGGAUACUACAUUUUUACCCAGCUCUGCUUAGAUGCAUGAGCCUAUGAGAAGGUUUUCACAGAUAAAAAUGUGUACAAGCUUCUAAACUAAACCAAAUAUUGACUAAUAUUAAGUAUUAUGUUUAACCAAUGAAAUUGUUGAUAAUUAAAAACAUAUAAAUGUAUCUUUUGACUUAAAAUCAGAGAUUGAACCAUGUUAUAUGAUAGACCAGAUCGAGGGAUUUCAUGCAUAAAAAGUACAUCACUAUAGUCUUAUCCUAGAGAACAAUCUGUUUUGGAUUUCAUUAGCAGUUAAGGAGAACAGAUACUAAAGGUACUGAUGAUGAGAUUACUGAAUGAGUGUGAUACAGGCCUAGAUAAAUACAUUUUCAUUGGGAUGAAGUUUUGGAGACAUGGAGUCUAUUAUUAGCUGUCGAGUGAUUAAUCUUAGCCUUUGUGUGUGUGUGGAGUGGGGGGCAUUAUACAUGUUUUAUACAUGGAUAACAAAUCUUUUCCUCUCAUAUUCCAGGGUCCUUACUUUGGGCCCUUGGUGUACAGCAGGGCAGUUUACAGCUCAGCAGGAGUAUGGGUAAUAGUUAUGAAAUGAUGAGUUUAUGAUGUGACAGUGUAAUCGCAAGAACAGAUCCCAGCUGCACAAGCCACUCCAAGACAGACCUGGUAAUCCUUAACAAGAUUCAGUUACACAAAUUUAUAUUACAAUAUAUAAAUUGAUAUAAAUACGACGAAAAAAAACCCAACCUUUUUUGAAUAAUCCAUCUCUCUACAUGUGCAGUACACACCCUCACUCAGAGCCGUCUCUGUAGACAUGAUCACAAAUGAUUAUAGUGCCAGUAUGUGCAUGCAGAUCUGGAAGUAUAUGAAAUCUUUCUUUCUUUCUGUUGAACAGAGAUGUGAGUAGAUCUAACAUAAUGGCUUUGUUACCUCCCAGAAUGGCUAUUAGGACCAGUGGGUGAAUAGAGUUGUGUCAGGUGCUUAACAUAGAUGAUGUGAUACAUAGUUGGGUGGACUAAGUUUAGACAGCAUGUGAGGACAUCUAAUAGAAAUUGAAAGGACAGAGAAGUCAAACAGGGUCACAGCACAGACAGAGUUAGACACCCUCUCUCUCUUUAGCUCUUUUUUUUUAUUUUACAAACAUAUCCUCUCGGGAAAUUGGCUACCAUGAAAAGAAAAUCUGCUCAACAUUAAAUGCAGAGGUCAGAGACUAAAUGCAUGGUCUUUGAUUUAUAUUGAGUCACCUAUCCUUAGUCCUGUUGGUCUCUGCCAGCAGUCUUUCUGCACUCAUUUAUAUACAGUCCUUGUGUAAGCUUAGUCCAUACUCUAGGAUAUAAAUAAACUGUCCCAAAGCAGAAACAAUAGGUGUAUGCUGUGAUAGUUGGAUAGACAGCGUGAUUGAAUUAGAACAGCUAGAUAAAGCAACAUUAUGGGCUCUAUUUUCGUUCGCGCCGGUGAGGCGGCGGAGGGCGGCGAGCCCCGCGCAGUUGUAUUUUCGUCUGGCGGAGCCCGGUGUAAGGCGAGUUUGGUAUUUUCGUGGACUGAGUCGCACGGAGGCGAGCCGAGAUCCGCCAAGCUGGGCGUGGUGGCGUGGCAGGGGGAGGUGUUGACAGAAUCAGCUGGCGCAGUGACAUUUUCGUGCUCGCCACUGGCGUGUAACGUGCGCUGAAAGCUCGCCGAUUCAAACCUGGUCAGCUUUCAGCGCAAGGCGGAACGCAGCUGGUCCAGUAGUAUUUUGGUAGACCGGCGGCGUAUCGACAUACGUCACUGAUGCCUCACCGGCAGGUUUCCACAGUGUCAGGCAGAUUUCAGUGCAAUAAAUAAUGAUCAACAACUAUUAAUCUGAGUCAGCACAUACAUUUAGAUCUAUAUCGAUAUAUUCUGAUCUAUAUCUGAUCUGAUGAGCGCGUUUGGCACGCGUUUGGACACACAACCUGACCGAAUCAAUACAGCUGAAACUGCAUCAAAUUAAAUUAAAUAUCUAGUAAAUAAACGCACAUGAUGAAGUUAACAAGAUAUGUAAUGUGUCUCCCUCCUUUUCUUUCUUCCUCUUAUUUCUCGCACAGCUCGACCUGGACACGUCUCCGUGUCCUCUGUCCGUCUUCCUGCUGCUGCUGCGGCUGAACAGAUGAUUUGUUUCAGUGCUCAGAUGCGUGAUCUACUUUAAGCCGACAUACGGAUAUUAUAAUAUUCAGUUUUGUGAGCCAAAUUUAUUUUAUAUGCCAACAUCUAUGAAAGAAAGAGCCAGGCCACGGAGCGCGAUGCGUCAUUUACGCACAGAUGGUUCCGAUUUUAAUGCCUUUUUGGAGUUUAUGUUGUGAUCUGUGCGCUCAACCCACCUUUGUCACGUGAGGUUUGAAUAUAUGCAACUUUAUGUGAGUGUCUUUAUUUGUGGAAAAGGGUGUUUGUCUUACCAGUGGGUCCAACAUUACGCACACCAAAUCCAUCUGUGCUCAGAUGAGAGAGUGUGGAGGACACUUGUUGAGCAGCUGCCCUCUGUCGCCAUCGUGUGGCAUAACUGUCUUCAGACAUCUCUUGAUCUCUUUGACUACUUCAUGAAAAUAGUAAUACUCCUCGCCUGUGGCGGAUUUAAAGGCGAGGAGAGGAGCUAAUGUGAUUGGUGAAAACAGGUCUCGGCUGUGUUAAACCCCCUCUCCUCCCCGUCUAUGAUUUAUGCUGCCGGGAGGAGCUGAGUUAGGGAGGGGGGAUACUUACGCCGGGCUGCGCGGCUCACCAAAAUACCAAAAUGUGCUUGGGAACGCCUUGUCAGCGCGGCGGAUCUGAUUGACUCUGCGCUUGCGGCACGUCUCCGGCGAAGCACCAAAAUAGAGCCCUAUGAGUUGCUUUGGAUUGAAAAACUUAAAUUAAAAUGCUUCUUGUAAUACACUAACUUGUUUUAAGUAGAGAAUGAAGCCUUUUUUGUUUUUCCAGCAGUUAUUACUUAUUGAUUUAGUUUGAAUAAAUACUGUCUUUUGCUUUGGGGGUACUGCUCCCCAGUAGCAAUCACUGAAACCAAACCCUGAGUCUUUUUCUGGUCUUUUGUGCCCCUAUUUACUGUCUCUUCCAGACUUCCUGUGUUAGCUGGCUGAGGUUUAUUCAUUUAUACUACACAUUUUUUUGCAGAAAAUGCUUUUGCUGUGUAGACUCAGUCCUUCAGCAUGGUCUGUCCCGUUCUUUUGAAUAAACAAAAUGUGUGAGCGGUUUUGAAAUUCUCAGACAAACUGUUUUUUUUUCCAUUGAGUGCUUUCUCUGAACAUUGCAUUAGAUUUAUGUUCCCUUUCAUUCUGUUUUUAAAGUGCUACAUGGAUACGUUUACACUUACGUAGUCACUUGAUCUGUAAUAUGAUCAUUUCUGAACAUGGUAGAAACAGGGGGAUUGAGGAGGAGGCUGACUGAGGAGAGUUUAAAUGGAAAAAGAAAAUAUGACCUUGCAACAGGUUAGCUAUAGUCUGACAGUAACAAGAUGAACAUAUUUAAGAUUCCUGAACUACCAUACAAUUUGUUUUUGUUUUACAGCAUCAGUGCGGUGCCCUUGGACUGCACUGAUAAGAAGGGCCUCCAGGUGGGGGGUCAGCUACCAGGCAGUGGGCAGGCAGGGCCUCAGCAGCAGAACCAGCAGCUUUUCCGGACCCCUGCCAGCCUCCAGCUUGCUCAGCUGCAGGCCCAGCUCACACUCCAUCGCCUUAAACUGGCUCAGGGAGGCAAUACAGCCAGUGCCGCCACGGCUCUUAAUCAGGUUCUUUCUAAUGUGGCCAUGUCCCAUCCACUGUUCAAUCAGCUACGGACUUCAGCUUUGGUUGGGAACCCUCAGGGUGUACUUCCUACAGGGAUGCUCGGUUUUCCAUCAUCAAAUUCAACCUUAGGAGCCUUAGUGGGUGGGGGAUUGAAUCAAAACCCUGCAAAUGUGAGACUAAACCAUCCUGGUGGAGGGGGCCAGCAGGGUGUGGAGUAUAAAAAAUCAGGGCCAGCUUACCCCUCUGAUACCGACAGGCGUCUUCAGUUCAGUGUAGUUGGGGGCACAUCUGCAGCACCGGCUUCUGCCAAUGAAGGACAGUUCUCAGUGAUUAACACUCUGGCAAACAACAUGAAUAAUGUUGGCUUUCAGAGAGAUUUCUAUGGGCCUGACAUGCUGGGGCAACAAGCUGGGUUUAGUGUCAAUGAGCAGAACAUUAAUCUUUAUAACCCCACUGGGCAUAAGGAGCAGUGGAAAGGCCCCACCAACUUGAGUCACAGUGGAAAAGUGGAUAUGGUCUCUAAUGCUGCCAAUGUGUGGACAGCAGCUGGGCAGCCAGUACGGUCCAGAACAGAACUAUAUAACCCAGAGGAGCCAACCCCUGACCCCAAGUUCAAUCCUGCUAGUGGGGUUUCCUCUUUUGGCGCCCAGGUGUUUGGGGGUUACCCGAAUGUGCAUGGAAGUGAGGAAACACUAUCUUCAGGUACUCGGACACUGCAACCUCAUCAGGUCAAUGAUUACCACGCAGUCACACCCACUCAGCUGCCACAUCAGUGUAGCAUCUGUGACAAGAAGGUUUAUAACCUCAAGGUGAGUGAAGAAAUUUCUGUAAAUUUCAAUGAAUGUAUGUAAAUGUAUGAUUGGUUUCUUGUCUUUAAAUGUAGCUGUGGCUGUGGACCACCUGCUACAAAAGUCAUAAAUGUUUCUCAGCUCCUUAAAUAAAAUAAGACGAUUUGAAUUGAACAAGCAGGAAAUCUUCCCGGUCAGUGUUGAGCCUUUUAGGCUCAUAAAGAUCUUUAGAGCUUAAUGUCCUGCUUGGAGAUAGGGGGAAAAAAAUCAAUUUCAGCCUGAUGAUAAAUGGUACAUUGGAGCACCUGUUAACAUUUGUUUCCAGAGAACUUAUCUAAGAUGUCUCUGAAUUUUCUCCCAGACAAGAGCCACUAUGGGAGGGAAAGCUUUUGCAGACCUUAUGUCCAGUCUGAGUCAGUGUUUAGAUGGUGUCUUUGCUUGUUUGUUUGUAGGACUGGGACCAGCACGUGAAGGGAAAACUACACCUGCAGAACCGAACACUGUACAGAAAUGAUAAGUGAGUUUGUUACUUAAUUAGACAAAGCUAACUCUAUAUUGUCUUAGAACCUGCUUUAGAAAAGUAUUGCUGUGUUAUGAUUGUUUUGCUUAAGGUCUAGUUAAAUCUGUUUUUCUUACAUACCUUAUCUGUGUUCAGUAUCUGAAGAUUUUGUUUUUCUUUUCCUUGCUCUAUAUCCAGCUGUCUUAAUGUUUCCAUGAAUAUGAGCUCUGUCACAAGAUAUGAGUGAGCAAGGCAGGGGAGAGGCAGCUAUAAUCAGCCUUCUAUGAUUGUUGCAGCUCUGCAGUUGUAUCGGCUGGAGCUGUUCACUAUGAUCUUGGCAGGCCUUCGGAUGGGGGUCUAAGCACCGGAGGCACAAACUCUAUGGUAUACUCUGGUACAAGUCAAGGUAAGAUAUCCCAUUAGUAACAAGAAGUGACCCUGUUUGCUUGUAGUGUUAGGCUGUCAUUUGUCUGGUCGUGGAACUAUGUGAAACAGAGUUAUACAUCGAGAUCAGGCAGUAUUUUUAGAGCUGCGUGUGGGAAUGAGGCACUUUUUUUCAAACUUGACACAAUGUAUUUUAGUACAUCAAGCAUGCUGUGAAUUAAAUGCUUUAAAAUCCAGAAUGAAGUGGACUGCGAAGCUCAUCAAAAAGUUGUAUUUGUAUCAGUCAGUUGUUUCUAAUAUUCGGUUGAAUUUUAUCUACAAAAUGACAAAGCUCAUUACAUGUCAUGCUUUUCUGCCCUUCAUUAUAUUGAACAGUUUUCCAAUGUUUUAUUCCUUUAUUUAAACCUUUUUCCGAAUCCCUGCAGAUCUCACUUUUAAUGAUAAAUUACUCAAUGAUAAACCACUUGUCAAUGGUUGUAAACUGCACAAUAUAGGCUUUGUGUCUUACAGCUCAUACACCUUGUUUAGAGCACAGCUAUGAAAUGAGUCUUUAAGCAGCCUUUUGUAAACAGAUUAAAUCAAUUUUGACAAUCACAAUUAUUAGCUUUAAAAAGUUUUGUGAAUAUUAUGUAAGAAGAAAAAAUUGUGUCUUCUUUGAAGAGGCUCAAAACAACUGUUGCUGCAGGAAAACUAUGAUUUCAAUACUUAGAGCAUAUUCAGCUUUGUUAGACUGUAAAAAUAAUAUUACACUUCAUAAAUCUUCAUAAAUUCAGGGAGAAAAGUUAGAGUUUAAAACAUACACUACGUUUCCACUCAAGGCGAGUUUUUAGGUUUUGGACGUAAACACGAAUGCCUUGCUGAAAUAAAACCGCCACACUAAUUCAUAUUUUCCAACAAUCGAGAACCCAAUUGCCAACUUCAUCUGACUCACUGCCUGGAUUAAUUAGUUCUGGUGUGUGUGUUUUAGCCUAAUAUUCCAACACUGUGUUUUAAAAACAUAUAGUAAGACAUAAAAAGUACCAAUUGGUGUUGAAUUUUAACAAAAAUAUAUAAUAUAUAAUUGUAACACAGACCUGUGAAGUCAGCAAAUGCAAUUUUUUCCCACAAUUGAUUUGUUUCAUGUGGCCAAUUUUAAUUCAAUUUUGUGUUUCCACAGAUGUAUCAGGAGCUAAUGCAUCAUUCUUGUCAGCUGCAGCCAUGAAGACUUACCCCAUGACAGACACAGGAUUUGCCUCACAGCAGCCAGAGUCAAAGGUUAGACAAAUGUAUGGAUUUCACUCAGACUCUGUCUGCAUUUAGCAAGUUUUGUGACAGGCUGUAAAGAAUGCUAGGAAGAAAGGAACAGCUGUUGUCCUACAAAUAAUGUAUGACAAAUUGAUCAUAUUGGACUCCUACAACAUGAGUCUUGCAGGGCACAAGUUUAUUUUCAUAUUUGUGUUCUUUGGUGCAGAUAAAGGUAGCCGGUCUGUCUUUGUAAAAUGUAUUACAAUCUCCAUGGAUGUUUAUGUAGGUCAGCAGCAGGAAAAAGUUUAUGACGAGCAAAACAAAUGGGCCCCACGUGUGUUAUAUGUAAUAGAUGGACUUAAACCCCUGAGUUUACAGCUGCUGGGACCCAACAAUGGUCUUAUCUCAGCUUGACAGCUAGAUUUCACUCAUUGGGGCUAUGUUAAUAGUUAAUUGAAGUUUCAUUUUAUGUUAUCUCUACUGCUAUCUGGGAUUAAUUGUGUCUAAAUAUCACAGUAGUACUUUACAAUUUAAAUAAUAAUGCCAAUAAUGAUAAUCAUCAUCUUGAUAAUAAUAUUAAUGAUGAUGAUGAUGAUGAUGAUGAUGAUGAUUUUUAAAGUUUUUUUCCUUACAGUGCCACUUGUGAUUUACAGCCCUUGUGAAGACGUCAAGCAGUUACUCAAAAUAAAGUGAAAACACUAGCACAAAAUUGGCACACAGCAAGCAACAAUGUACCAUCUUUAUUGUUAGAUAUGUUAGAAAUGGAGCUUAUUUAGCGAUGUUAUAGUUGUUGUUUUUUUUUGGCUUUGUGAUCUCAUCUCACUGCCGUGCAAACAGUAAACAUCCUCAAACUCGUCACGUGGAUAUACAGUGGAGGGUUAUGGUCUUGACCAGGGCUCAAAAACAACACCUGUUGAUAGGCAUCAGUCAUGAGAGCAAGCCUCUUGAAAAGCACAGUGCAUACGAUGAGCGAUGGGAAAAUUAGCCCCACUAAACCUGAGGAAAGCCUGCUCUGGUGCCCGGCACGCAGCUUUCAACAGUUGGCUGGCAUUACAUGCACAGGAUGAAGGACCAUAUACCUAUACAGAAAAGCAUACUGCACACACUUUGUGGAGACUUUUACAGUGAAUACACAGUGUUUCUAAGCUGCACUUGCUUUAACUUAUUCAAACAUACCCCACCCACCCUUACCCAUAUUUUUACAGUUUGGUCAGAUAACGACCUUAUUAAAUUUAAUCUGUGUGUGACCUGGACAACUUUCAAAUCACUCAACAGUGUAUCUUAUUGCUUCUAUUUACAGCAGUAAAUCACUGGACACCAACCUGUGGUAAUAAUUGAAACAUCUUUGAAUGCUUUUGAUCACAUUUUUAGCAUUACAUGCAUUUUUACAGGAACCAUAGGACAUGAAGACAGGAAAAUGUAGUUUGUUAAGGAGAAAAAAGGGCCUGGUCAUGGAGAAAAAUAAACAACACAGUCUUGGCCUUUUAUAGAAAUAUGUUGAAUAAAACUUUACCAGACAGAACUGAUUGGGAGCAUGUUGAAUGUUAUUUUAUAUAUCCCUAUACAUUGGCACAAAACUUCCUCCAUUGUACAACAUCCAUGGAACUACUUUUUUGUAGUGGCUAUUGGGUCCUGUUGUUGUAUGGUAAACCUAUUUUAUAGAGGCCUAGUGAAAGUCUUGCUUAGGUUAAUUAUCAACAAAGGGUGUUCUUUUAUCAGUGGGAAAAUAUUUAUGGGCUGUGCUACAUGAGCUAAUGUUAGUUGCUAUAAAGACACACCUGUCUAAGCAGAACAGGUGGAGUUUGACACUCUUUAAAGCUCUGCAGUGAAUAGAAAACACUCACACUCAUGUACAGGCACAACUGCAUAAAGUGUAUCUUUACAUCUGUGAACAUAUAAAAAUGAAAACUAUCACAUUAAAAUAAGAGAAGCAAAGAACUUGAACAUAAAUUUGAAGUCACUUAAUUUUACGAUCACAGCAAAAACAAAUGACAGCAUAUAUUAGGAGGCUUACACACAUACAUACAUGCAUACAUUCAAGCGCAUACACACAGAAGACCUUGUUUUGACUGCUGUCUCCAGCAGCUUUAAGUAACACGGUAGCUCCAUAUGAUAACAGACCUCAACCAGAUAAACACAGGAUUACAGCUAACUGCUGUUAGGAGCAUAGACCCUAAGACCCUGAUGUCACACCCCCAGGCUGGGGUGUAGAGUUUCACACUGUGAGAGUCUGGUAAAGUGAUCAUAGGGAUCGGCAAGUAAGCGCUUCGUGCAGGAACGUGGGGAGAAACUGUGAAACCAAACUGAUCAUCUCCCUGGAUCCUUCAACAUGGUUCCUGCUUUGGACAAAUAAAUAGACAUGUCCUUAGGAGAGAUUCCAGCUAGUAUCAGUCAGCAUGAUGUCAGACUAAAGAGGGAAGCACUGUGUGAACUGGCUGUUGUCCUUUACAGCAUUUGGCCUCUAGUUCUGUAGGUCAUGGUGUUGAGGGUGUGAAGGUCUCCACAGCAGAGCAAAUGGUGGAACACGCUAUGGCAUUACAAGUCUUUACCUCUGUUGACUGCAGCCUUUGGUGAAGCAUGAAACUUGUGAAAAAUUAAUUUUUAAAAUGAUUUCUUUGAUUGAUUAAAAUGAUUUAAUUAAAAAAGUGAAGGCAACAUUGUAAAAAACAUGGUGAAACUUGAAAAAAACGACUUUUUUUUAAUGGCGGGUACAUUGCAAUCAUAACUCCAUUUCACUUCAGUUAACAGUUUUUCAUUUUUUAACUGAAAAGUACUCAGUUUUUUUACUUUAGUUGCUCUACACUAAAUUUGCUGUCUUUAAAUUAAGUUAACUGACUGACUGACGAGCUCCUAGCUUUUUCUUUUUUUUUCAAACUGCUCUGGUGUAGGUAAACUUAAUAGGAGCUCGUUGUGUUUGCUUUUUCCUAAAUUUUACAUUUCACAACAGCUUUUUUUGUGGGAGCACAAGUGGCAAGACAUGUAUUCUACAGUGGGAGCUUCACUUAAACACACUCAGACAUCCACAUCUGACUUUGUCCCACCAUAACGCCUCUGUGACAUUUACACUGAGGUGAUACAUUACAGGGCUGUAGAAGUCUCACCUUGGGCUUGGAAAAGGGAUUGAUGUCCCCAUCAGAUGGUAGUGGUCAACUUCAAAUGUAUUUGUGUGUAUUGACCGGUGUCACCUACUCUUCCUUAGAGGUGUGAUUUCAGACUUAAACAUAAAGCUCCACUGCACUUCACCUUUGGGAAAUGUAGCUUGUAACGCCCUUACUGUUUCACACUGAUUUUGAGCUCAGUGGAGAAGUUGGCAUCAUUGUAACCACAAGUACUUUUCUUGAGUACGUUGUCAUCUAGUCACGUUCUUCUAUCAAGGUGCAUUAAAUACUGGCUUCACCUGGUUUUUUUUGGGUAAUUCAAUACCCUAUGGUUUUUGCCCAGGUGAUUUCAUUACUAAAUCUUCCAGUUUGACAGAAAUUGCCCCUCACCCUAAUGUAAGUCUAGGUUCGAAAUCCAUCUAUUUAAGAAGCGUGCUCUAGUGUGUGUAGUGCAUCCUUGUGAGAAGGCAGCAACCCGACAUAACUCUGUACUCUAAUUUGCGGUUAACGGAAACAGCUUCUGUUCAAGACCUGAGCCAACCCUGAGAGUGAUAUCAAUGCUGUGGUCAACUGUCUGGGCUUACAGACACAGACAACAUUUUUACAGAUCAUACGCAAGUGAGUGGAGUGAGCAAGACUCUUGUUCUCUCUAAUAUCCCAAGGACAUAAACAGCCUAUUCUAGGACCUGUUUAUUGAGAGCAACCUGCAUUGACCUCAUGUAUUCUGAUCGGAGGCACUGGCAUGGAGCAGUUAAUAAAAUUAUCGCUCUUACUUCUGAAGCUGUUGAUAUCAGCUAGCUGGCCAGAAAGCAUUAAGCUGUGACAAAGAUAUUUGGUCAUAAGACUCAUCCAGACCAUCCUUGGAUCUAUCCUAAAUGCCCUGUUUUGGAUUACCUGAUUUGUGUGAAUUAUGCAAAAGUGCCUUUUUAAGGGUACGUGUGUCUGUAGCUUAUUAGCUGCUUUCUAUUUAGCUCUUUGUGUUUAAACUAUUUUUGGAGAAAUAUAAUCACUUGUUAUUUACGAGCUGCUCGGGAUUAGGUCUUCAUGUAAGUUUUGAAUGUUGAUACACUCUGCUGUGAUUAUGUUUCGACAUGCAUUGUAAAGUGACUUUGAGACUGUUAAUGUUUUUUUCCUCUCCUUUAUUCAUUCGACACUUCAAGGCUAUUGAACCUAGUGUGAAGUGUAUGUUAAUGUGAGGCUCUCCCAGAAAAUAUUUCCUGUAAAAACAGAAUCCCUGCCCGCUGCUCUGAGGUACAAUUACAAGACAGUCUGUCCUGCACAUGGAACUGUCCGUCAGGUCUCUUAGCUGGAGAUGAAGGAAGAGGAGGAGGGGCGGUCUAAAAUUUGCAGUUGCAGCACAAUGGUGGCCGAAAUAAGACUCUGUGAAAUGACAAGCUGAAUUUACUACUGCAAUGAUGUAAAAAGGAACAUGAGGUGUCAAGUGAUGUCUACUGGCUAGUUGGAUGGCGAAUAUGGGAGGAGUAAUUGCUUUUGCAUUCUUAAAGUUACAACAAGUCGUAGACAAACUGAAAACAGAUGUAAAUAAGUGAAAGGUUCAAGGACCAUCGAAUGAAGUCUUUUUGCAUAUUUGAACAGUAAAGAUGGUACAUGAUGGCCUCCCACCUCUUUAUCCACUACGACAUAAACAUGAUCAGCUAUGAUGGCAUGAGCACUUACAAUGAAUAACUAAGAUUUGACAUUAGUAACUCAAGUAUCGCCUGCAUAGAAAAUAAUCUACAGAAUUGGACUAAUAAUUUCAUUUUUUCUCCUCAGUCACUCUGCAGUCUACUUUGUGUCACCAAGAGCAAAGCUGCAUUUUUUACCCAAUUUCACUUAAGUAAAAUAUGAAGGAGAUGAGAAAUAGAGGCCAUGAUACUUGGCAGCUUUGAGGGAUUUGUGUGAAAUGUGUGAAACGUCUGGGGCCAGUCAGCUGACAAAUCUCUAAAUCCAAACAAGAAAACUUUCAUUAUCACUGCUGCUUCACUGCCAAGAGGCUAUUCAUAGUUGCUCUAAGGAGGGUUGUGUCAAGAAGGGAAAAUGACAUGACAUCCUGUGUUGUAGUGUUACACUGAAGUCAUACAAGUUUCCUACAUCAUAAUUUAAAGUGUGACAGAUUGUUAAAAGAUAAUCCAGACACUUUGGAUUAUCUUUUGGUUAAAAGAUAAUCCAGACACUUUUUUUCUGUCCACAUUGCAAUGAUUUCUCUCUGCUUAUCAGCUUUUAAAACUCAAUCACAUUAAUAGUUUCACUUUACAGCACCUUGUAUGUUUACCAUAUUAGAGAUAGGAUACGCUGUGGUCAGAGCUGUUAGCUAACACGAUGCAACUAGACUCCUUGACCAACAGCAGCUGGUUUGAGUGACUGCAGGCUUCAUUUUUAGGACCUAAUUUUGUGGUUGGCAGACACCAUAUAACUUACCCAGAACACAUCAAUUAGGGUAUCAGUGUCAUUGCAAGAAAAAUGUAGGAUUUUUCCAGGUUUGGUGUCCUAUUUAACAAAAAAAAAUGAAGCAUUCUCAUUUUUUUUUUCUAAAACAGGUUUCAUUUUUUAAUCUACAGCAAUUUCCAUCUAGAAAAGCCUCAGCAGGUCGAGUCGUCCACAUCUGCAACCUCCCUGAAGGCAGCUGCACAGAAAAUGAUGUCAUUAACCUGGGACUACCUUUUGGCAAAGUCACAAACUACAUCCUCAUGCGUUCUACUCAUCAGGUAUAUUAUACUUGUGUAACUCACACUCAUAUAAAUUAACCAUCAGUCUUAGAAUAGGCAUCAUCGAUUUUUAGAGGUGAUAGUAUUUACUGUUUUUGGCAUUUGUAAAUAAGUUAUCAGAGAACCACAGAAAUACUGUGUCUUUGGAUGUUUAUACCAAGAGUUCAGUCUCAGUUUCACAUAAAUAUGUCAUGUUCUGAGUUUUUGUUGCAAAGGUGUCAUUUAUCAGAACUGAACUGAAACUUUAGUAUCCCCACUAUCAAGUUCAAAGCUUUCUUACCAAGACCGUGCUAUUGGUUACAGGGUCUGAAGUGUCUGUUCCUGUGAUUUAUUACACUAAUUAAAACUGAUACCUUACGAUAAUGAUUUUUCAAGAUUCACUUGCACCCGAGCUGACAUCUUAGACGUAGUCAUGUUUUUGCAGAGGCUGUUACUUUUAGAUAAGAAUAACUACAUACAAGUGUCUAUUCUUUAUCAGGCAUUUCUAGAGAUGGCGUACGUUGAAGCAGCUCAAGCCAUGGUUCAAUACUACCAACUAACUCCAGCUAUGAUUAACAACCAGAAACUUCUCAUACGAAUGUCUAAAAGGUACAAAGAGCUACAACUCAAGGUAAGUCUCCAGAUCAAAUUUUAAUAAGAUGUGAUGGCUCUCUCCAAAUGACAUCCUAAAUUUAGAUUUCUUGUCUGUGUAGAAACCAGGUAAAGAUGUUCAAUCCAUCAUCCAGGAUAUCAGCUCUCAGCGAGAGAGAGAUGAGAUGCAAGAAUUUGAGCAGUAAGGAAACUUUAUACUUUCCUGUCAGCCUGAAAGGUUGUUUUUUUUUUCUUAGAGUUGCCCACUUUUGAACCUUUCAUUUUAAAAACAAAAUGUUAAAAUAGUGCACAAGAUUUGCUCAAUCUGUGACAUCACGGAUUAGUGAAUCUCCUGAAAAGCUCGUGAUGACCAUAAUACUUACUCAGCAGAAUUGUCCUGCUUUAUUUGUCUUUACUGGGGAUUUCUUUAUUGUUGCACAUUUGGGGUCCAAAACAUGUAGCCACAUUUUAUCAUAAUGUUGUCUUUUCGAAUGAAGAAACACAGUUUAAUGACAGUUACUUUGUAGCAUGGCAACAGCAGAGAAGGCCCCCUAGUAGCGAAGUUUUUUUUUUUAGCUGCAAAUCACACAAAGUCACUCUAAAAGCGUUCCAGACUGACACCGUGAAAGGUGAAAAUGACCAUAUUAGGUCCUCUUAAAGUUUUAGAUCAAGGAAACACAGUUGUAUUUCAGGAAGGUAACAAUAGUACGAAAGAGGAUUAGGGCCACAUGAAGAGAAAAAAAUAAUUACAGGAGAGAGAUGAAAGUCGAAAUUUUGAGAUUAAAGUUGAAAUUUCAAGAUUAAAUUCAACAUGGAUAAAGUUGAAAUUUCCUGAAUUAAAUUGAAAUUUCGAGAUUUAAGUCGACAGUUAUGGGAUUAAAGUUGAUGCAAAUCAAGACUAAAUUUCAUGAAUAUUGAGAUUAGAGAAUGUUGAGAUUAAUGAUAAUGAAUCAACAGCAUUGUCGCUCGUUACUCAACUACAUGUCCUGUGUAGAACAGUGUGUAAAGCUGUACUUUAGAAUAUGAUUUAGUAACAGGGAAAUCCUUGCUCUUUUAGCACACCAACACAGUGUGGUCAUGAGUAUUCGGUCUCUGAAAAGACUGUUCCAAAGAUUACGAUGCAGAUGCAGGGUUAUUGAUGGUCACACCUGCGUGCUAUACAGCAAGGCUAUGUUGUAUCGCAAGAUACAAUAAGGCAACUGAUCAAGUUGAUUGAUCCUGAAGGUAUGAAGCACAGAUGAGCCUGGCGUCUGAGGUGCAGGCAUUACUGAAGCAGAGGACCCGAUGUGCUUUUGCACAUGGAUGGCUACAACAAAUUUAGGUCAUGUGGCAUUUCAUUUUGACUUUUUAAAAUUUUCACUUUAAUCUUUAAAUUUCGACUUUAAUCUCGAAAUGGAGAUUAAAAAAAAUCUCCCCCCUGUAAUCAUUUUUUUCUCUUUUUGUGGUCCUAAUCCUCUUUAGUACAGUAGUGACCUAAGUGAAAUCUAAAAACAAAAACAAAAAAACAUGUGAAUGAAUGUUUUUGCAUUUGCAAUCAUUUCCUGACAGGUACAUGCCCGAGAGAGCACGCUCCCGCAGCCCAAUCAGUCGCUCCCUCAGCCCUCAUUCCCACAGCCCCAGUUUCACAUCAUGUAGCUCAGCUCACAGCCCCCAGGCAGCACCAUGCAGAGGUCCAGAAAGAGGCAGUAACGGCUUGGGUCCCCGCCGGGGCUCUUGGGAUUGGUCAUCACAAUUAAGAAGGGGUGAGGAUGAAAGGGAGAGAGAUGACCCAUGGAGGAACGGAGGAAACAUGGAUGAUGAUCGAUCCAAUGGAAGAGCAGCUGACCGUCGAAAGGCCUACCAGAAACCUGCUGAUCAUAUCAGCUCCAGAUUGACAGACGAGCGAGGGGGAGUUGAAGUGAUGAGGGGCAACAGAGACUGGCACCCAAGAGGAAGCCCUCAAGGCAUGUCCUUCAACUCUUACAGGAACAUGGAAGAUGAUUUCUACAUGAAGGAACAAAUGUACAAAUCAGACAAGCCACCCAGACCACCAUACCAGAAGCAUGAUCCAAAGUCAAAGAAAAGGGAUGGACCUGACUACCACAGCAGGUCAAGGCACUCUGAGUUUGGGUUGACUGAGGAGCCACUUCGUAGGACACAAGAAGACAAGAGGCAGGGUUCACCAGGCAGAGGCCGGAGCAAAAAAACAAGCAGGAGGCUCACCACUACAGAUAAAUACGAGAAAGAAAACACAAGUGAAAAAACUGUAAGUCACCUCUACAGAGCACACUGCUUUUAUGUUACUUGUUACAUGCUGCUGUAUACCUAUUUCAUAUUUAAUUUUAUUUUUUUCAGGACCGCCAGUCAAAAGAAAAAUCUGUUUCACCUCAGAGAAGCAACAACCCAAAAGAGAGUGCUGAAGGGAGUGAAGAUCAGGACACUGUAAGUGUGCAUCAUAUUUUUGUUGAGUGCAUAAUUUAGUCUGUUUAUUAAAUGCUAUAGGUUAACAGUUUUAUAAAACAUCCAUCUUCAACUUGAGGUUGCUAUUACUGCCAUAGAGAGUCACAGGUCUUUUUGUGAUUUUAUGAUUUUGAAAGGUGAAGGAAUGCGCAAGUGGAGAGGACACUGAUGAAGAAAGUUGGUAUCCUAAGAACAUGGAGGAGCUGGUCACUGUAGAUGAAGUGGGAGGAGAAGAUGAUUUCAUUGUGGAGCCAGACCUUCCUGAGUUGGAAAAGUUUGUGUCCUGCCUUAAGGACUCAAGAGAGGAAGAAGCAGGGGUGAAGAAUAUACCAUUACUGACCUCCUCCCUAGAGGUGCAGGAGACAUCUGUGGAAGAACACAAACAGGAACAGUCCUGUACAGAAGCUGAACAUCAGGCAGAAACAAAGUUUACUGAGAAACCAGGGAGUGUUUUAACCACAACCAGUCCUGAAGAUUCAAAACUCAGUCCUGUAACUCAUGAGCCAACAAAAACUAAUCUCAGUGACUUUCCCAGUGAGGAGUUUAAAGCUGCACUGGAGGAGACAUGCGUAGAGGAUCAUGAAACUAAAAAUGUGCCACGAGAAGAGCUGAUGGAAAACCACAUUCAUAUGUCAAAGGACAGCAACAAUGUGGAAGUAGGACAGGACGCUGAGACAAUCGUUGAUGACAUUCAACAAAGGGAGGACAGUCUUAAGAAAGGUACUUCUUAAGAGACAUGAGGUAUUUGCAGGAGACCAUAGUAUAAACCUGUGCUCAUUCAUGAAAAGUAUAAAACACACACAUAAAUAGCUGUUAUUUCAUCAGUCUUAUGUAACUGCUACAUGAACAUCUCUUUUUUAUACCAGAUUAGAGUCAUUUGUUCCUUAGCAGGAUUUCUUCUGUGGUUUUAUGAAAGUCAUGUUUGAAUGUAAGUUAAACAUGACUAUGUGUCAAGAACAAAACCAACACUGGGACCCAAAUGCAGGACACAGACACAGUCCUCAAAGGCAAAAAUCAGGCUUUAUCAAACAGUCCAGGUUUGGCACACAAAGAAGCAGUCAAACAGGCAGAGGUACCAAAGACAGGCCCAAAAAACACUGUCAGACACCUUGUCCACACGUAGCCGGGUAUUUGCUAAAACUAAGAAUAUGUUUUCUUAUGAUUCAGCCUACCAUCCAGACGAAACUGCAGGAUCACAUCAUUAAAAAAUGUGCUUUUGGGAAACUCUGGGCCAAAUAGAAGGUUUUGGAAAACUCCAGUUUUGCGUUUGCAUGUGGACCAUAGACUGUAUAUACUACGAGCAACUUGGCUCCGCCUUCUGUCAUUAUACGAAUUUGAAGCCAAAUUGCUCUCGAUAUUUCCAAGAUUUUCUCAACUUCCUGGAACCACUACUUGCGCAGUGACAUUGUAGGCAUUUGUUGGGAAAGUCAUUGCUGUGAUGACACUCGGCUCAAACAGCAUAUCCCCUGGGUGAGCUACGCAAUCUUCGUACACCGAUAGGCUGUAUCAAGUGUCAAUCAUAGCAAACAUGAACCCCCUUAAUAACUUUUAAAAAUGGAGCUGCACAGAAAAAAGAGGACUUAAUUACAUGUCAACAUCGCAAGCAGGGAGGAGGAAAAAUUUAUAUUGCAUAUAAUUAAUUUCUAAAGUUUGUCCACAACUCCACUAAGUUUGCUGGAGGAGGCGGGAUUUAUGACCUAUUCUGCUCCAUCACCAGAGAGCACUGUUCUCAUGGUGGCUUCACCCACAAAGGAGGCAGAAAGCAUCCAUUCUGUAUACAGUCUAUGGUGAGGACAUAGAUAACCAGAGUUUUAAAUUCCGAAAUGCAUUGUCCGCAACAACUAAUAGAUAAAUGUCAUAUACUAUACACCCUUGUUUAUGUCAGGCAGUAGACAGCAUGGGUAAAUACAGAUUUUUGUUUCUUUUUUUUUUGAGGAGAAAAGGAGGAGUACUUUGCAGUCAGUUAUUCUACACCAAAUAAAUACAAGAGACAAUGCGGGUGAUGGGAAACAGGUGGGGAGACACAAUCAGGAGAAAGGUGUGACAAAAUGGAGGGCAGGGCAGACAGAAACACAUCUAAAACAGAGACAGGGGUUAGUGAUAUCAAAGUAAAAACAAACAGGAAACACCAGACAUAAAAUGAAAUGAGUAACAUACAGAUAACUUGACCAUGACUAUGACAUCAUGCUACAUUCAUCCUUUCAGAAAAUUAAUUAUAACCCAAAAUGUAUGAGUUUGGAUGGAAUAAAAGUUGUGUAUAGCUGACCUACAAGGCCAUAAUCGAAACUGUAUAACUAUUGUUUUUAAGUAAAUGUUCAUUUAAUGCAGCCUACCUUCUUCUUACUUUGUGCACCUUUUUCAGAGAUUGAAGCCCUUUUGCCAUCUCAAGAGCAAGACAGAGCUGUUAGUGAACACAGCAUCCCUCUAGGUAAGCAAGACAGAUUCUUUCAUCUCUCCCUUUAAGUUUUAAAAAGUAUAUCCAAAAACAAUUUGUAAAAAAUGUCAGAUAAAUGACAAUAAACAGUACUGAUGAAAACUCUGGCAGGAUUAAAAACUGUUUAGUCAUAAUUCAACUAGUCUUUCUCUAAUCCUAGACACUUUAUGGAGUCUUCAGCCUGUGGUCUUAGUCCCAAAGAUCAAGUUGUGUCAUGUACACCAUUAAUAAGUGCUCUGACAACCUGUUGCAUUAGCACUCUAAUUGGCUGGAAUUGCCUGGCCUCUUACUGACCUAUUUCUGUGAGAAGGUUGUGAAAUGUACCCCUGAGGAAAGAGUAUUUAUAUUAUCAUUAGGGCUAGAAUGACACAGCAGGCAGAGCACAUGGGCCUGCUGCAUGGAAACUUACAUAAGCCUGGGCGCAUCAUAACAACAAUAGAGCUCUGUACAGACACAGGAGUGUGGCUAUUUCUGUCCUAUGAUGCCCCGAGAAUGCCUGUGCGUCUAGAGCUAACUGUGUCCAUUGAUAGCAUGGCUGAGACAAAUUUAACACAGAUGACUCAUCUGGUUAUGUUGGCAAUUUUUAAUAUUUGUUUAUUCUGAGUUCAUCUGGUAUGGUAAUCUUAAAAACACAUACUGUAUGUAUGUUGAUAAAACUUGAUAACCUAAACUGAAAUGAUGUGUAUAUUCAUCAUUUUCAAAAGCCAUCCCAUCGAGGUCUAUUUGUUUCAAGCCAAUUAACUGCAGUGGCGUUUAGAGUGCUGUUUAUUACCCAGCCUCUGUUUGCCCUGUAACUGGUGACAGCAGUUGUGACUCAGACUUUAUUGGCAUUUAGACUUAUUUGCAUAUAAGUAUAUGCAUAUUACCUAUUAAUAUACACAAAGAACCUGAGCACUGAGAUGCACUGAGAUGCACUGAUUGACGACACAGUUAGUGAGAGCUUGUAGCCUUACAUGAGUAUUUUUAUUUUAUUGUUGUGCCCUAAAAGCUGCAUACAUUGUUUUGUGAAUUUUUCCCUAAGAAUACACUUGGGAUCUAUGAGCUGGCUGAGAAAUUUUGACCUAGUAACCUGUUUUUUGUUUACUUGAAUAGAACUGUAAGAACUGUGUUUGGCUGUCCAACAGGAGUGGAGUUUAUUGUGCCAAGAACUGGCUUCUACUGUAAACUUUGUGGAUUCUUCUACACCAGUGAGGAAACUGCAAAGAGCUCUCACUGCCGCAGCACUGUACACUACAGGAACCUACAGGUACACACUGCGCACCGAUACAAAGUCUCAGUGACUGCGAUAAUGAUGAUGAUUUAGCUCUUACUGUGUGUUAAAUGCCAUCAGCAGUAUUGUGAAUUAAUUGCAGCCCUUGGAUAUUUGCUUGCUGGUGCCAAAAUAGAGUGCAUUACAAUAGCCAAGUCUUGAAGAAAUACAUGGAAGGGUGACUAAGUCUGCAGGAGAAAGAAAAUACCAGAUUUCUUACUGUUUUAGCUGAGCAAAGAGGGACUGCUUGACUCCGGUCACCUCUGUGUUAAAGGACAGGUUGGGGUCAAAACAGCUCCUAGGUUGCAGCCGCUUUGCAAACAUUAAUAGCAUGAGGCAACCAGACAGGAAAUUAUUGGUAUAUCUAGAACUGAAGUGGGGGCAAUAAUGACAGUAACUUCAGAUUUGGAUUCAUUAUGCUGUAGAAAGUCUUCAGACAUCCAUUGUUGAUUUCACUCAGACAUAAAGCAAUGCAAAAGUCAUCAGUGGUACCAGGUUUUAACAGGGCAUGGAGCUGAGUGCCAUCUGCACAUCAGUGAAAGUCUAUACUGUGCCUUUGCCCCAGGGAAAGCAUGUAUGAAAUGAAUAAGAAGGUACCUAAAAUAGACCCCUGGGGGACACCACAUGAGGGGGGAUCACGGGAGGUGGAGGCAUUCCCAAGCCCAAAAGAAAAAGACCAGCUCAACAGUUAGUAAAUCACUAAUUCCACCAGACUAUUUCAGAAAGCAUAUAAGGACACUGCGGUUGAGUGUAAUAAAGGCUGAGCCAAGGUCAAAGGAAUUAGCUCAUUAGGUAUGUAUAAGUGAACUGCAUGCAUGUUGUAUAUACAACAUAUUUGCCUGAAAUAGUGUUCCCUUCCUUCAAAUCUAAUUUUGCAUCAGAAGUCUGGAUUGGGACAUGCCUUACUGCACUCCAAACUCUGCUAGGGUGGAUGGUCCACAUAUCAUGUAAUAUCACCUGUUUGUGGGUAGCUGAUUAAUGUUUUUACACUCUUACACACAACACAUGCCUUUUAUGGUUGUUUAGCCAUUUAGCCUGGCAUUGCCAGACCCAUCAGCUUUUAGCAAAGUAAAUUGGUCUGGCAACACCAUGCAAAUAGUCAUUUUUCCCUCCAAUAAUAUAAAACUUGUUUAAUAAUUCUUGUUAGAAAAUGUAUUUUGAACUUUAGUUUUAAUUAACUUACAGUUGUUAAUUUAUACUGUUUUCUUUUUUUAAUUCAGAUAUCUGUCCUUACUUGAGGAACUUAACUAAUUUAAACAGAUCAUGGUGUGCUUGUGGAUUAUACUGUUCAGGCCACUUUUUUAUAAUAUUCUAUAACUACAAGGUUUAUUUACAAAAUUAUCAACAGAUAAAUCAAAAUGAAAAGAUAAAAAGCCAGUUAGAAGGGUGACAAACUCAGACUAUGGCAGCAGUAUGUACUGACAGAUCCAAAACCUCAAGUGAAGGAACAUACACAUUGCGUGGCACGUGUAUUAAGUUUCUAAAUAUUGGCCAUUCACGACCAAGCCAACUUGCAUUUGUCUGGUCCCUGGUGGCACAGCUGAGGCAAGCUUGAGAAGAAGCAAUUCCUUAACACUUGAUGGGUUACAUUACAAGAGGGAAAACUUUUCAAAACAUUUGUGCUGUCUGUCAAAGCUCUGUGUCUGGGUAUUUCAGACAGAGUUGAUCGGUUAAGCAUUGCUGUAAAGAAGGACAUCACUGUUUGGGAUUUGUUUUGGGUGUAUGUACAGUAUCUGCUGACAGCAGCAAAGAAAAGCCUUCAAUAUCCUAAAAAAUAUAUGAAGCCUAUAUUUUAGAGAAAAUUUUCUUUCUCAUAUAUUUCAGUCUAGCUCAAAAGAUAAAGGUUUACCAUCACAGCCUUUGUGUUCUAAUACUAGGGUGUUUGUUUUUUGUAAGAAAUGAACUGCUGAUUAUCAAAAAUCUCAGUUUUACAAAUAGAGGUGACACUCCUUGAUCCACUUUUGGAAAUCAUUUAAAAACCUGAAACUUGAAUCCUGUUUAUUGUCUUUAUAGGUCCUUGGCAUAAAUAACUGCUUGACUUUAAACUGAUCUAUAUCAUUUUGAUGGAGUCUGUAAAUUGUUAAGCUGACUACAAAAUUAUUUCUGACAUGGUGGUGGUCAGAGGCCACUUUGACGUCCGUCGAUAUGCUUCUUUAUUGUUUUUUUAUUUAUUUUUCUUUUUUUUUUUAUGAAAACAAUAAAUUGUAGAUUGUCUUAGGAUAAAUUAAUUUAUUCAAACUGUAUUUGUAAUUAAUUUGAAAGUCUGUUAUAGGUCAUAAACUUGUGUUUUUAUCUCUACUUUUCAACAGAAAUACUUGUCCCAGCUUGCAGAAAUGAGUCUGUCGGGCGCACUUGCUGACCCUUCCGCGGCACUGUGACAUCAGCUUGACCUCUCAAAUCCCAUACAGCAGACAGCAGAGGAGUCAUGAAUGUGUGC